GAGUGUUAUUUGCGCUGUGCUAUGUGGCUGGGUUGUUGCUUGUUAUGGACGGGCAGAGUUACAGAGCGGCUGAAGCGCGCUCCCCUUCAUGUAUAUUUCCCAGUGAAACUCAGUGUUAGUUACACUGUAUCCGUGGAGUUGCUACAUUGUAUUCGCCGCGUUGCAUCGCCUCUCGGCGCUCCGGCCAGCUCCUUCUCUCACUAUCGCACCUUCCUCCCUGAGUUAUGAGAGCUGGGAAAUGAUUUCCAGAACUGGCCUCUUCACUCUCGCCCUGCUCCUCGCCGCUGCCUGCCCCGGCGCUCCCUCCUUCGCCUGCGACGAUAAGCCAACAGCGCCGGCUUGCUUAAAGGCGACCAGACCUCCAGUCGUACUGGUUCCAGGUGACCUGGGGAACCAGCUGGAAGCGAAGCUGAACAAACCUCGUGUGGUGCACUACGUGUGCACCAAGAAAACAGAGGAUUACUUCACCCUGUGGUUGAACCUGGAGCUGCUCCUACCCCUGGUCAUUGACUGCUGGAUUGACAACAUUAGGUUGAUCUACAACACGACGACUGAGACCACACAAACACCACCCGGAGUUGAUGUGCGAGUCCCUGGGUUUGGUAAAACGUAUCCUCUGGAAUUCCUGGAUCCCAGCAAAAGGACUGUUGGGAUUUAUUUCUACACUCUGGUGAAAUCUAUGGUGGAAUGGGGUUACUUGAGAGAUGAAGAUGUCCGAGGUGCUCCCUAUGAUUGGCGUCGGGCACCCAAUGAAAAUGGCCCAUUUUUUAAAGAGCUGCAGAAGAUGAUUGAAUCCAUGUACGAACAGUAUGGUAGCCCUGUUGUCCUGAUUGCGCACAGCAUGGGAAACCUCUACACACUUUACUUCCUCAACCAUCAGCCCCAGGAGUGGAAAGACAAAUAUAUUAAUUGUUACGUCGCACUGGGGGCUCCUUGGGGAGGUGUGUCAAAGACUUUGCGUGUGUUGGCUACAGGAGACAAUGAUCGAAUUCCUGUCAUCAGUUCACUGAAGAUACGUGAACAGCAACGGACUGCCGUCUCCACAAACUGGCUGCUUCCUUAUAACAACACCUGGUCAGUGGACAAAGUGUUUGUCACCACACCAACAUACAAUUACUCCAUGAAGGACUCAAAAUUCUACCAGGACAUAAACUUUAAAGAUGGCUGGCUCAUGCGGCAAAAGACUGAAUCGCUGGUGUACAACUUGACUGCCCCCGGGGUAACAAUACACUGCUUGUAUGGAACUGGAAUACAAACACCUGAGACCUUUCACUACGAUGUUUUCCCUGACCAGGAGCCCAAAGUCCACUAUGGUAACGGGGAUGGGACGGUCAACCUUGUGAGUGCUCUUCAGUGCCAAAACUGGGUAGGGAAGCAGAAAGGCAAAGUCUAUUUGAAGGAAUUGCGUUCCAACGAACAUAUCGAUAUGCUGUCCAACCUCACCACAAUUUCCUACAUCAAAAAAGUACUAUUUAAUCUGCCUCUGUUUUGAAUUCCGAAUGUGAGAAAGCUGUCUUUUAUUUAUAGUCUCGCCAUGUUUUCCUGGUGAACUGAGGCAGAGCAUCAUACCAUGAAUUCUGUGUAAUGUAUCUAUUUCAGACAAAAUUUGAUAUCUGGCUUUAUUGGAGUGUAAGUUGCAUUAAAAAAAACCAACUAAUUUUCCUCCAAGGGGCUACAGACUUAGUGAAACCCUCACUCUCAAGUCACUCCAGAACAGCGCAGAUAUAAUGCAGACAGUUGCAAAGUAACAUGUUUUCCAUAUUUCAGAGGUUAAUGGUGUUCGGUUUGUGUCCUUUUUCCAGUUUUGACAUUAGCGUUAACUAGGAAGGUAAGAGUUGAAAAGGGGCCCUUGAUCCUGUUCCACCAUGUAUUUUGGACUGUGGCUGAUCUUUUGUUUUAACUGAAGUAGGGUAGUCAACAUGUGAAGUAACAAGGGGGCUUUUGUGGUAGAAUGCAAAAAAAACCUGUGGCCCAGAAAGUCAUUGUCUAAGUUCCAGGAGGGUCUGGCAGCAUCCAUGAAGAGAAAAUCAGAGAUAACACUUCAUGUCCAGUGAUCCUUCCAGACCCGGAACAUUAACUCUGUUUUUGCCUUCACAGAUGCUGCCGGACCUUGCUGAGCUUUUCUAGUAACUUUUGUUUUUGUUUUUGUUCCUGAGUUAUGGCAUCUACAGUUCAUUUGGUUUUUACUGUCUAAGUGACCCCCCUGUCAUGAAGAUGUAUCAUACCUUGGAUGAACAGGUUAUUAACAAGAUUUUUCAAGUGUAAGGUAACGAGUCCACAUUGGCUGCUUUGAACCAAAAGUUCUUUACCAUGAUAGUCGUAUUGUGGCAGUACCAUCUGAGAAGUGGAACAGGAGCAGAGCCUAUUUUUCUCCAUAAUUUAGGGAUUACAUCUGAUCAUGCCCAUCACUUCUGGGGCGAUGGAUUUAGCUACUGCCCUAAUAGCUAUCUGCUUCUGCUGAACCCCUUAACUGUGAACGGGAUUAUAUUGGUGCACUUUUCUGAAGCUAAGGUGCAUUAACAAAGGAAGUGUAGGGACCUGUCCUGACGGGGGUUAUCAUUGAAAUGACGAUGGAGAAUGUGCUGCUCUAAGUACAGAAGCAUAGAUAAGAAUGACAUUCAAGCCACUAAGAUUGAUCCCUUUAGUAUGCUAAACCCCUCUCUUUUUACCAUCCAAACUGUGUUUUGAAUAUCCCUACCUCCAUUAGCUUAUUGAACACAUUGUUAUUGACCAGCCUGGUACCAACUAGUAACAAUUGUGCUCCUGAGAUGCUGCUUCGCCUGCUGUGUUCAUCCGGCUUCACACUUUAUUAUCUUGGUACCAACUGUCUUACUGAUUUUUGAAUUUGUUUUUCACUACUUUGAAUGCUCCUCUUCCUGUUUUGAGUUGACACUUCAGAUAGAGGAGCAAAUGAUGUAUUUUCCCAAAGGUGAAGUCUCUUGUUUUCUGUGGACAGCUGCACUAAUGACUGACAAUUAUUUGACCUUUUUUGAGUCUCUGUGCUUAGAAUUGUUUAACUUUAUGACUUCUAGCCAAGAAUAUUAGAGACUGUGGUCAUGCAGUAUUUUGUUCCUAUGUUUUGAUAAUUUAAUUCUGUCUUUUUCUGUGCCUUGUCUCACUUGUGGAUUAUGUUAAAGGUGUUGAUGCUGUACUUUAAUUUCCUCUCCACCUUUCCACAAAAGGUAUUUCUCUCCUCUUCUCCUCAGCCCUAAUUCUGAAAUCCCUACCUUUAUCCAGUUUCUCUCCUAAAAACUUUGUACCCUUUCCAAAGUGGAUUGUAUGAAGGAGGCACCCUUCUUCAUGUUUCCUUGUCCCAUUGCCAUAAAAGUGUUGAUAACCCGGUUUCCUUUCUGGUUCAGGUAAUUGUUGAAAGUUAUAAAUGAUGUAACAAUUUUCUUACGACAAUACUGUAAAGCUCCUUGGGUACAUUCUUAGGAUGACAGGGAUAGGACCUUUGGAGGAAAGGGACAUGUUUAACAAUCUAGCAGCAGAAGAAUGGUACAUAGGCCAAGUUAUUUUUGUAAAUCUAUUUGUAAACAGAACAUAAAAUAAGACAAACAUUAUCAUCAAGGGAUGAUGGGAUAGUGUGAAAAGAAUCAGUUGUUCUGUUUGUAUUGGGCCAGGAUGGGUAGUUUGCAUUAGCCAAAGCUUUCUCUCCUUUACCCCCACCACUCUUCUAGACAAAUAGAGACGAUCCUCUAAAAAAAGAUUUGAGAGAGUUACUGCCCAUUGCCAUGGCGAUCAGGUCCUAGGUUUCAAUUUUGAUAGUUUCUUUGCUCCUAAACAGCAAUUUUUAAAAAAAAGACAGGAGUGAUGUGCCUAAAUUUUAAAAGCUGAAGGCAAGAUGGGGUUAGCAGGAUAUAGUUACUUUUAUAAUAAAAUAAGCCUUUAGUAUCCCAUUUACAUUUUCAAAGAUUUCUGGACAUUUCAAAGCCUAGAAUGGUUUUGAUUCUGAAAGUUUGUUAUAAGUGUUGGGUGUUGACAAUUUCCUCAGUCUAAUGAUAAUAUCCACAUGGUAUAUUUUAAUAUAUUUGCAAUAGUACUAUAUGGCAUAUUCCAAAUAUUUGGUCAGUGAAUUUGCCAGUGAUUAUUUAUGGAUAUGAAUAUUUUCUUAAUGUUAUAUUUUUGAUACAUGGCACAUUUCUCAUGGUGCCAAGUCUGGGUGCAGCCAUUAUGCAAGCUGCUACAGAUACUUUAAAAAAGAGUCUCUUUCCACAAUUGCUGCUCCCUUGUGCUUGUGAUGAAAUUCCUGAAGUCUUCAAGAUUGCACCACUAUAAUCCUGAUAAUCAAAGGAAAAAUUCACCUGAAACCCUCAGCACCAUAUUUAUCAGGGAUGGGGUUUCUAUGGCUGGACAGCCCCGGCAGCACUCUAAUUGUCCCCCUAGCUAUUCCCAGUGGAAGCUACUUGGGAAAUGCCUGAGGCACAUCAACGAAUAUAACCCUUUGAGUGCCUCGUGAAUAAACAGUGACAUGUGGGCAGAUUGCCAGCUUGCCCCUGCCCCAUUUCAUCCCAACCUCAACAAACGUUGUGUAGUUUGAGAAGCUGGGGUGGCAAAAUCAAAUACUUAUUACUUUGAGAUAGAAGAGUCUGUGGUUAGCUUGAUGUCUGUCUGAGGGGUUGGCAACUAUAGUGUAGCUCACACCUCUACAAUUAGCUUGUAAUUCCUAAUGUCUCACUGAUAAAUGCCAAUAUUGCUUCAGUAAACCAGUGUCUGUUUCUACUAGAGUGUUAUAUUUUUCACUGGAUAAUAAACUUGAUUUUAACACCCUGAGAACUGUG